CUUUCGUUAUGAAGCAACAGCCACACCUUAAAUGCUAUUUCAGACAGUUUCCACUUUAUUUAAAGACACAACAGACAGAAGAACCUGCAGAACGCGAGAAAGAAUGGCAUCAAAAACAGUUCAGACGGUUUGUGUGGUUCUCAGUGCCAUCGGGCUGUUUGGGGUCAUCAUCUGCUGCGCCCUGCCUGAGUGGUUUGUGAUCCAUCGUGGUGAUACGGAAGUUCAUGUUGGUCUGUGGAAGGUGUGUGUGAAGCCGAGCACUGGACCGCAGGUGUGUGGAACGUAUGAAAGCACCCUGAAUGUCUCACCGCCUCAUUCCACCCGGGCCUUGACCGUCAUCAGCUGCAUGCUGGGUGUUCUCAGCCUCGUCGUCCUGUUCUUUGGUUCCGACUUCACCACAUAUGUCCAGAACGACACCAAACCCAAAUUGAUAAGGGCAGCUGGAGGGGGCCUGCUGGCGGCCGGGAUGCUGGUGAUCAUCCCGGUCAUCAGGGAGAUAAGUGGUGGAGUGGGAUUGACAAAGGGAGCGAGCAUCUACAUCGGCAUCCUAGCUGGUUUGAUGCUGAUUGUGACUGGAGGUGUGCUCAGCUACUUAGCCAGAUCCAGCAGCUCUGGAGGAAUUACCAAUUGCUUCGGCAACAGAGCUUAAACUAAAAAAAAACGAAAUUUUGAGUUUUUAUGGAAGGGACUGGUGUCCAAUAGACGGGCAGACGAUUUGGUAAAAACUGGGAAGAUGACAUGAAAUGAUAAUUUCUGUACUUUUAUCAAGUACAUGUUUUCUGUAACACAUCUUUUAUUUUUCUUUGGCAAAAUUCCUAGUAUUUUUCUUAAAAUCUCUGUUAAAAUCAAACUUCAUGAAGAUCCUGAGUAUAAAAAUAAUUUUAAAAAACAUAAAUGUCUGAAUGCAGGAAAAUUAGAUUUCAAUGACCUAUUGAUGUAUUUUUUAAAUUUGCUUAUUAAAUCCAUUUUAUGUUUUUUAAUGCUUUCUCAAUUCCAGUUUAUAAACCAGUCAACAUAAUUACUAACCAGAUUUGCUUUAAUUUCAUGAUGUUUCUCAUUUUUCUGCUUUACUUUCUAUUGAUAAAACAUUUACUGUAACUAUUUCUGUUUUUGUACAAUAAUCACAACAGAUCAUCAUAUUUGGUCAGAUUCAGAUGUGAUUGGAAAAUUAAAUUAGAUCAAAAAAUGAAAAAGCUUUUUUUUUCUACAAACAAAAAAUGUAAGCAACUUUCAGAAAACUUUACUUCGGCUGUUUGAUUCUUCAUCUUUGACUCAUAUACAAAAUAUUGCUUUACAAAAUGAUGCCCUUGCUUCAAAUAAAGUGCUACUGUCUGACUUCUU